GCUGUUCUCCAAGUGUUGUUCUUCACUGUUACUUUGAUAUUAAAAUCCCCAAAGAGGAAAAACCAAAAGCAGCUAAGGAUGAUCCAGAGUAAAACUUGUUUUUUUUCCUGUUCUGAAUUCUUAAUGCCUGACUCAUACUUGAAGGCAGCUACAAUGCAAUAACUGUCAACCAUAAAUCACUUGGAUUACUGGCCUGAAUAAAAGCUCAAAGGGGAACAGAUGACAAAAUAACAACCAUAAAAAAGUUUUCUUCUUCUUUCUGGAUUAGAAAUUGUACUGUUACACAUAGAGCAGUAACAAAGGGUACUGUAGAAAUGAUCAUUUGGAGCACUGAAACAAAUAUCUGAAGUCAGUCUCUGUCUUUUUUCAGGGCUUGUGUCCACAUUUGAGCCCUUGAAUGAUUAAUGGCCCACUCAAACACUGACACUGCGCCAGCAAGUCUUCUGUAAUUUAUGAUGAAAUUAUAACAAUUUAAAGACAGAUUUUCGCCGGUGGAUGCAUCACUGUGGCCCAGCGCAGCUUUGACCACUUAGAGGACCUUUGUUGGAAGGAUGUCUUGUUGCAAAGAGGUGCAAAACAGCCACAAAUUGACCACAGAGAAAGAGACUGGAGAUAAACAUCUGUGCUGUUUGUUGUCAUUUUGUGUCUGUAGGAGGAGUGGGAGGGGCUUUUACAUAUUAUGUGUCCAAGGGUGAUGAUCAUACCAUGUUUUCAUCACAUGUUCCCGUUUUCUUUUUGUAAACAAGCACUGUAGUUAACUAGUCCACUGGGUAAACGCCCAGAAGUGACAGUCUCACGUUGCGCUGUGGCAUUUUGUUGUGCACUCACACAUUAUCUGUGAGCACACCUUGACUUUGGGUAAAGUCUGAGAGCCCUGGUUGAUCUUUGAAUGUGACCUUUGGUCCUGAACUAUCCGUGCACUGAUACUUCGGUGUUCCUUCCUUGUCUUGGACUGUGGGCACGUGUGGGAGUUUAGCAGCUGUUUGAGCGGGGCUCGUCACUGCGUCACGCAGCAUCUGCGCUCUCAUUGGUCCGCUCUUGAGCAAUCUCAGUUGUAUAAACUGCAGUUUGGAGGAGUUGGUAGACUCAUCCGUACGGAUUCUGUCUUAGUCUCAGUAGCGGGAAACGGCUGAGUGAGGGGACCAAGAGGCUUAAUCAGGUUUCUGCAGACUUGUCUCGAGAAGUGAGUUAGACAUGCAGAGCUGUGCCAAGUCCUGGGGAAUCUUCUUGGCCAGGUCGGUGAAUCCCAGCGCACCGUGCAGGCACUUGAGCGAAAAGAGCCGCGUGGUUUGGAAUCUCCAGCGCCGGAUCCGAAACGCCGGGGCAUCCCUAACAACAGCAGCCGGGGGUCUGCGGACGCCUGCAGCCGUCUCCUCCAGACAGAUAGAGACGAUAUUACCUAGACAUGACGAUUUUGCAGAGAGGCACAUCGGUCCAGGUGAGAGGGAGAAGAGAGAAAUGCUGGAUGCUUUGGGACUCGAGUCAAUCGACCAGUUGAUCGAAAGCACAGUUCCAGGCUCCAUCCGCUUGCAACGGAGUAUGAAAAUGGAUGAUCCGAUCUGCGAGAAUGAGGUUCUGGAUUCUCUGCAGAAGAUUGCAUCAAAGAACAAAGUGUGGAGAUCCUACAUCGGCAUGGGCUACUACAACUGCUCAGUACCGCCACCCAUCCAGCGUAAUCUCCUGGAGAAUGCAGGCUGGGUGACUCAGUACACACCCUACCAGCCCGAGGUCUCCCAGGGUCGUCUGGAGUCGCUCCUCAACUACCAGACUAUGAUUUGUGACAUCACGGGUAUGCCUGUGGCCAACGCCUCCCUGCUUGACGAGGGAACGGCUGCUGCUGAGGCCAUGCAGCUCUGCCACAGACAGAACAAAAGGAGAACUUUCUAUGUUGACCCACGCUGCCAUCCUCAGACCAUUGCUGUGGUGCAGACCAGAGCCAACUACAUUGGAGUGAAAACCGAGCUGAAGCUUCCUCAUGAGAUGGACUUCAGUGCAGGGGAUGUUAGCGGUAUGCUCUUCCAGUAUCCAGACACUGAUGGCAGGGUGGAGGACUUUACAGCUCUUGUGGACCGUGCACACAAAGGAGGGGCCCUGGCGUGCUGUGCCACAGAUCUGCUGGCUCUCUGUGUGCUGCGUUCUCCUGGAGAGUUUGGUGUUGAUAUCGCACUGGGCAGCUCCCAGAGGUUUGGGGUUCCUCUCUGCUAUGGUGGUCCUCAUGCUGCCUUCUUUGCUGUUAAAGACAACCUGGUCCGGAUGAUGCCUGGCAGAAUGGUUGGAGUCACCAGGGACGCAGCUGGAAAGGAAGUGUAUCGCCUUGCUUUGCAGACUAGAGAGCAGCACAUUCGCAGAGACAAAGCAACCAGCAACAUCUGCACUGCACAGGCUCUGCUGGCCAAUAUGGCUGCCAUGUAUGCAUUGUAUCAUGGCCCUCAGGGACUCAGACACAUCGCUGAGAGGACACACAAUGCUGCUCUGAUCCUUGCAGAAGGUCUAAAGAGAGCAGGACACCGACUACAUAGUGAGAUGUUCUUCGACACGCUAAAAAUCAGCUGCGGAGUGGCGGCUAAAGACAUCCUGGAUAGAGCUGUGCAGAGGCAGAUAAACCUUCGAGUCUACACUGAGGGAGUGCUGGGUGUGUCUCUGGAUGAGAUGGUGACUGAGAAGGACUUGGAUGACCUGCUCUGGGUGUUUGGCUGUGAAUCUUCAGCAGAGCUGAUUGCUGAGAAGAUGGGGGGGCGGGUGAAGGGGAUCAUGGGAAGUCCUUUUAAGAGGACGAGCAAGUACCUCACGCACCAGGUCUUUAACAGUUAUCACUCUGAAACCAACAUUGUACGAUACAUGAAGCGUCUGGAGAACAAGGAUAUCUCCCUGGUGCACAGCAUGAUACCACUGGGCUCCUGCACCAUGAAGCUAAACAGCUCUUCAGAGCUCAUGCCAUUCACCUGGAGGGAGUUUGCCAACAUCCACCCCUUUGUACCUCUGGAUCAGGCUGAGGGCUAUCAGAAACUUUUCAGGCAGCUGGAGAAGGAUCUCUGUGAGGUGACAGGCUACGACAAGAUCUCCUUCCAGCCAAACAGUGGUGCUCAGGGAGAAUAUGCUGGCCUGGCUGCCAUAAAAGCCUACCUGAACUCAAAGGGAGAGAGCUCAAGAAGUGUCUGUCUGAUCCCCAAAUCAGCCCAUGGCACCAACCCAGCAAGUGCUCAGAUGGCAGGAAUGAAGGUUCAGGUGGUGGAGGUGGACAAAGAUGGUAACAUUGACCUGGCACACCUUAAAGCUCUGGUGAAUAAACACAAGGCGAGUCUGGCAGCCAUGAUGAUUACCUACCCAUCGACCUUUGGUGUGUUUGAGGAGCAUAUCCAAGAUAUAUGUGAUCUUAUCCAUGAGAACGGUGGCCAGGUGUACCUGGAUGGGGCCAACAUGAAUGCGCAGGUGGGUCUUUGCCGUCCUGGAGAUUACGGCUCUGAUGUGUCUCAUCUCAACCUACAUAAGACCUUCUGCAUCCCUCAUGGUGGAGGAGGACCUGGCAUGGGACCCAUUGGAGUGAAGGCCCACCUUGCCCCUUUCCUGCCGAGCCACCCGGUGGUUCCAAUGCAGCCGAUCAACACCGGUAGCUCGCUGGGCACCAUCAGCGCCGCCCCCUGGGGCUCCAGCGCCAUCCUGCCAAUCUCGUGGGUUUACAUCAAGAUGAUGGGAUCCCAAGGACUGCUUCAUGCUACAGAGGUGGCCAUCCUCAAUGCUAACUACAUGGCCAAGAGGCUGGAAGGCCACUAUAAGAUUCUCUACAGAGGCAGGAAAGGUUUUGUAGCGCAUGAGUUCAUUCUGGAUGUGAGACCAUACAAGAAGACUGCUAAUAUCGAGGCCGUCGACAUAGCCAAGAGGCUGCAAGAUUAUGGUUUCCACGCCCCCACCAUGUCCUGGCCUGUGCCUGGAACCCUUAUGAUUGAGCCCACUGAGUCAGAGGACAAGGCUGAGAUGGACCGAUUCUGCGACUCCCUCCUUGCCAUCCGUCAGGAGAUUGCCGACAUUGAGGAGGGAAGGAUGGACUCCCGCAUCAACCCACUCAAGAUGGCCCCUCACUCUUUAGCCUGCAUCUCAUCAUCCACCUGGGACAGACCUUACUCCAGGGAGUUUGCUGCUUUCCCCUUGCCCUUCAUAAGGCCAGAGACCAAAUUCUGGCCAAGCAUCUCGAGGAUUGACGACAUCUACGGUGACCAGCACCUGGUGUGCACUUGCCCGCCCAUGGAGGUCUACGAGUCUCGAUACGAGGAGAACAGAGCCUCUUCAUAGAUGCUCUCUCUGGCCCAGUCCCAGUGGGCCUAAACUCUGAAACUUCAGACGCCUCUUCGUUCAGCGUUAACAUGAGCUCAAGGGUGUAAGGCAGGCGUGGCCAAUUCCAGUCCUCGAGGGUCGCUGGAAGCUGGAAGAUACCAAUUCACUUUAUCUUUCCUCACUCCACUUUCA